AUAACAAAGCAAUUUUAAAAUAAAAUAAAAUAAAAUAAUAACAUAAUUUAUGUUAUUCCAUUAUUCGUACCAUCUAGCAUUUUAUAAUUUGUAUUCAGUACACGCACGAUCAGCGCAAACGACCAAAUGGUUGAAGAUUCCAGUUUGAAUUCUAGCAAAUCCAAGACUAAGACUGCACGCCCCAAAGCAGUUUAUCUCUGGACGGAGGCUGAUGUUCAGAAAUGGUUGCGUAGACAUUGCAGUGACUAUUACAACUUAUAUUGGGAAAAAUUCCAUGAGCAUGACAUAACAGGGCGAGCUUUAGUUCGUAUAAAUGACAACACUCUCCUCAGAAUGGGCAUCACAAACAAAGAUCAUCGGGAAGCCAUCUGGAGAGAGAUCCUGAAGCUGAGACUGAAAACUGACAUUGUGGAGAUCAGGGACCUGGAGAGACGGCACAAUUACUUUAAUUAUAACCUAUAAUGUGAUAAAUAGAUAGAUGCAUUUAAUUAAGUUACAAAUAAUAAAAUAUUUUAUACAGAAGUAA